AUGGACGUUUUUACCACCAAAUGUUGCGGGUUUUUACCACAUGUUGCGGGUUUUUACCACAUAGUCCGCCACUGUGACUGUCAAGAAAUCCCAACCAGAAGUAAGACGUGUUACCUGUGUGAUCGACGUGGUCAUCUAGCCCGCCAUUGUCCCCGCACUCACGAUAACUCGAUCGCAUCUUCAAAAAAACGAGUUCGUAACGAAAUACAACCUCUUGUCCGAAGCAUUAAUAAGGUUUUAAUUAAUGCUGUACCGUCAGUCAAUGUGGACGAUAACGUUACCACACCCAGUACCACCGCAGCCAACCCAGCCAACGAGGAUGUACCAGUGCGUCAACCAUCCAACUACUUUACGGUAUUAUCAGACAAUGAAUCCAUGAUGGAUGUUUCUGAAGAUGAUAAUAAUCGGAUAUCAGAUGCUGAAGAGCCACCACUUCUUUCAAACGAUUUACCAGUCAUCGUUGAAGAAAGAUCGGCCGCCAAUACCAGUGUCCCCAAGACUACUCCAACCACAGUUGCCAAUUCUGCCACAACUCACCAGCGAGUCUCUCCGCGUGCUAACAAAGGUGUCGCUGCUGUCAAAUAUGACCCUUCCUGCUCUUCACCGAUAUCUUCCAUUCGGAAGACGUCUACCUGA